AUGACUGAUAAUUUUACAUGUAACAAGACAGAUGGAGACAAUCCAGAUUUCCGGUACUUCAUUUAUGCAGUGACGUACACUGUGAUUCUUGUGCCAGGUCUCAUAGGGAACAUAUUAGCUUUGUGGGUAUUUUAUGGCUAUAUGAAAGAAACCAAAAGGGCUGUGGUAUUUAUGAUAAACCUAGCCAUCGCUGACUUAUUACAGAUUCUCUCUUUGCCACUGAGAAUCUUUUACUACUUGAACCACGACUGGCCAUUUGGUCCUGGUCUCUGCAUGUUUUGUUUCUACCUGAAAUAUGUUAACAUGUAUGCCAGCAUCUACUUCUUGGUCUGCAUCAGUGUGCGAAGGUUUUGGUUUCUUAUGUACCCCUUUCGCUUCAAUGACUGCAAGCAGAAAUAUGACUUGUAUAUCAGUAUUGUUGGCUGGCUGAUCAUCUGCCUUGCCUGCCUACUCUUUCCUCUCCUCAGAACCAAUGAUGAUACCCCAGGUAACAGAACCAAAUGCUUUGUGGAUCUUCCUAUCAGGAAUGUCAAUCUGGCCCAAUCUGUUGCCAUGAUAACUAUUGGAGAGGUGGUUGGGUUUAUUACUCCUCUUAUGAUUGUUCUAUACUGUACCUGGAAGACAGCUUUGUCAUUACAAGAUAAAUAUCCCAUUUCUCAGCAUCUUGGAGAGAAAAAGAAAGCCCUGAGGAUGAUUCUGACCUGUGCAGCGGUGUUUCUAAUUUGCUUUGCACCUUAUCACUUCAGCUUCCCUUUAGAUUUCCUAGUUAAGUCCAAUGAAAUCAAAAGCUGCUUAGCCAGAAGAGUGAUUCUAAUAUUUCAUUCUGUGGCCCUGUGUCUGGCAAGUCUGAACUCCUGCCUUGACCCAGUUAUAUAUUAUUUCACCACUAAUGAGUUCAGAAGACGUCUUUCAAGACAAGAACUGCCUGAUAGCAUCCAACUCCAAACAAAAUCAUAUAAAAUUGUGAAUAACCAUGGCGCCUCUCCCACGGCAGCUGAACUGUGCUAAAUAAAACCCGAAACUGAACGUGGCCUUGAAUGCCACA